AUGCAAAUUCGUGAGUGUAUCCCCAGUGAGCUGCCCAUUGGGGGCGAUCUUUUAUUCGAGUUAGCAAAGCGGAGAGAUGAACGGGUUUACAUCCUUUUGGAACAAGACGGACGUCUACUAAACUGUCGUGACGGAAAUGGAAACAGCCUGCUUCACUGGUCCGUCUUCCUAAAUGACGCGUACCUGACGUGCUACUUGCUGCAGAAGGGGGCGGACGUGAACGCCAAGGCGCACAACGCGCAGACGCCGCUGUUCUGGGCAGUCUCCGGGAGCAACCUGCACAUGGUCCACCUGCUGAGGAAGCACGGAGGGGAUAUAUUUCAAGUCGACGACAAGGGUUACAGCUGCUUGACCAUAAGCACUCAGUAUGGGCACGUCCUAUGCUUCCUCUAUUUAAUUCAUUUGGGGGCACCACUAACGCAUAGGGACCAGAACAACUGCUCCGUAGCUGACUGGGCAGCUUAUAACAACAAUCUAUUUUUCCUUCGCCUGCUGUCGAACGUUUCCCCUAACUUAUUCUCCACAAAUUUGAGGACCCCCGCGUCCACUUUGCACAAGGCCAUCAUUGGGAACGCCUACGACGCGGUGGUCUUCCUCGUGCUGCACGGCCACCAGAAUGUGCACGACGUCGCCACGGAGGGAAACAAAACCGCUGCCCAGUUUGUCGAAGAACAUAAGGAUAAGGUGGACGGAAGAAUCUACCAGUUUGUCACUUGCAGGAAGGUGCAGCAGCUGUGCAGGCGGCGAGGCGGGAAGGAGGACCCGGCUUUGUACGAGCCCGGCGGGACGAUCGGCCCCUACGCGAUUGCAAGCAGGAGAAAGCUCUCCACCCUGCGGAAGAUCCGCCACGCGCUCAGCCAGGAGAAGGCGCUGCUGCUCUACCCCGCCGCGAUCAUCCUCUCGCACCUGUACAUGUCCUGCGUGCACUUCUUUUACACGAGGGGGGCGCUCCCGGGGGAAGGCCCCCUGUGGGACUUCGCCCACCCGGUGCUAUUCGUGCUGUACUGCAUGGUCGUUUCGAGUGACCCCGGCUAUCUGGAGGGUGAGGGAAACGCCCCAAGCGAUGUGUCAACGGGUGAAAAGGACCCAUCGCACCCCCCCGAAGUAGACACGGUUAGAAGCACAAAUUUGACGUUUCGAAAAAUUAUACAAAAUGUGAAGGAGGAUAUAAAAAAAUUUGAAGAAAAAAAUAAAGUAGUGGAAUUCUGCGAAGAGGUAAAAUGGAAGAACAUAAGGGAAGUCCAAACUGAUUUGCAAAUAAAGUUGGAUGCUCAAGGAUUCGAAGUAACCUCCUUUGAUGUGAAGAAGUUAUGCCCCACUUGCUUCCUCUUUAAAAAUUUACGAACGAAGCAUUGCCGAUUGUGUGGCAGGUGCGUUGACCUAUAUGACCACCACUGUAUAUUUACGCUAAACUGCAUGAGUGUAGAUAAUGCGAAGGUGUUUCUAAUUUGGAUCGCGUUGAAUCUGUUUUUUCACUUUUGGAAGGUGUACAUACAUAUAAGUACGUUUAUGCGGCUGGAGUUCCCAUCGUCUUCACUCCCCUUCCGAGGAGUGUCCCUAUCGGUUGUGCUGCUGAGCGUGCUGCAUUUGUACCUCAUGGGGGCCAUUUUCCUAAGGACGGGGCUAAACAUUUUAGAAAACAUCACAUCUAAUGAGAAGUCCCAGAUGUAUUCCUCCAGCUCUUUUUUUCUAUACGAAUUGAAGAAAGACAAGAAUAACGAACCCGUGGUGAUUCGAAGAUUUAAGAACCCGUUUGAUCGGGGGGCCCUUUUUAAUUUGAUUCAUUUUUUUAAAAAGUCUAAGGGACAGUUGGCUAGCCCGGAGAGGCAGUUCAUCCGCGUGGACGACAGUGUGCAGAGUGAGCCCGUCAGGGCCUUCGUGGAGAAGCUCAACGGGGAGCUCCGUCGCGUAUAUGAUAAGCGGUGA